UACAUGGGCAACCUUAUUAUAUCGUACUUUCCGUAGACAUGGCGACCGUGGAAAGUCCCUCAAAUGUACUGACAUAUUUCUCGAAACUUCUUGGAGUCCGCGAGGCAGAAAUCACCUUCUUAAUAUGCCAGUUCACAGCAUUCUUCUAUUCCUAUCUGUUUCGAUGGUACUUAAAUCCAAGGAAGGUGUCUGCAACAACGCGGCACAUUAGCCAAGUUCUCCUUGGCAUUUUAAUGGCAUGCGUGUCAUUUGGAUGGGGUAUUUUUCAUAUUCUUAUUGGAGCUGGUGUCAGCUUGCUGAUGAUCUUCACCAUUGACCCUAAAGUUGUUCAGUACUACGUCUUUGCAUUUGCCAUGAUACAUUUAUCAUGGGUUCAUCUGUACAUGCAAGUUCGCAAUGCUGGAGUAGGAAAUCUGGACUAUAUUGGACCCAUGAUGAUUCUCACUGUAAAGACAAGCAGUCUUGCCUUCAGCAUUCAUGAUGGAUUCACCAAAGAUGAGUCAAAACUGAACAGCUUGCAGAAACAAUUAGUUGUCAGGAGGUAUCCUAGAUUCCUGGAGUUCUGGAGUUAUAUCUUCAGCCCUCAAGGUCUUCUUGUUGGACCAAUCUGCUACUUCUCCAACUAUGUGGAUUUUAUCCAGGGAAAUAACUUUAUUCGGAAGGUCAAAAAUGAGAGCGGAGAAGAGAGGAUAGUCUAUGAAGAGCCUUCUUCUAUGAGGGCUGUGACGAUGAAAUCACUCUUUGCGCUUUUCUGUGCUGUUAUUCUCAUGACUACUGUGCCUAAAGUGCCUAUCAUGGGCAACAUAUCUGCUGAAGUUCUGAAAAGUUCAUCCAUCCUGUACAGACUUGGUUAUCUUCUAGUCUCUGUAGAAGUAGCGAAGUCAAAAUACUUUUUUGGUUGGAUGUGGGCUGAUGCAAUUUGUAAUGCAGCUGGGCUUGGCUUUGCUGGCUAUGAUGAGAAUGGCAGACCAGAUUGGUCAGGAGUUCAAAAUGUUGAUGUCAUCGGAUUCCAGACUGCUACCAGCCUGAAGACAUUGAUUGACAGUUGGAAUAUCACAUGUGCUAUGUGGCUGAAGUAUGUGUGUUUUGACCGAGUUCCUUCUCACAAACGUUUCCUGACGUUUGUCCUGUCAGCAUUUUGGCAUGGAUUUUACCCAGGAUACUUUGCAACAUUCAUCUCUGGCUCACUCAUGGUGUCUGCAGCUGCAAAAGUCAGAUAUGUUGUGCGACCAUUCUUCUUAUCGUCUUCUAAGAUGAAAUUGUUCUAUGAUGUCAUUACAUGGUUGUGUACAUAUGUGACAUUGGCGUAUAUCAUCACACCAUUUACCUAUUUAAGACUGCAACCAACUUUGCAGUUUUUCAAUUCGUACUACUGGUUUUUGCAUGUACUUGCUGCACUGGUUCUCCUAGUAUUUCCAUCAAGACGGCGAUCUUCUCAUCAACCUGAAACCAUUCAGAAGACCAAUCAGAAUGGGUUCAGUGUAUCAGAUUGUCAAAACUACAUCCAAGAUAGUGGAGCAACUACGUGUAGUAUCCGUGAUGUAGUAUGUGGAACAGAAACAGAACAUGGACGGAAGGGAAGGUGAAAGGUGACAAGUCAGGUCAAAGAUUUUGACGUAAUGGUGUUUUUUUCAAAUCUUGGGUCUGUCAGGGUGGAUCCUUCCCCCUCCCCUGGAGGGACACUGCCAUGAAUUUGUUUUCAUUUUUCUGCAGUAACAGAUUUUGAAAUAUCUGUACAAUGUAUGAAUCUCAGUGCUUGGAUAUUUUUUUAGCAAUACUUUGGCCAAAGUCAGAGCUGAAGCAAAUGUCUUGAAAAUGGCCAUAAUUAUUAUUAUGUCCUGUGCCCUGUGUUAAACCAUGGAUUUACUUUUAUGAUUGAAUUAGUGUUUGAACAAAUGGACACGAACGUACAAACAACUGAGUCAAGGGAUGCAAGCUGGGAGCUAGGAAUGCAGCUGGGAGCUAUGGUGUGGUGGGGCUGUUGGCAUACAAGGGAUGGAGCUCGGAACGAAGCUAUUGUUGGGGCUAUUGAUGGCAUAUAACCUGAAAUUGGUACUUGAGUUUGAUCAUUUGUCGAGUACUCGCUGUGCACCUCGUUUUUAAUAGUUUCACGUAAUUUUAUGAAGUCUUCUACUUUCAUCCUACCCCAAACAGUCGCAAAAUGUGCUAAUUUCCUUUGUGCCUAGUUCUCUUCGCUAAAAGCUUUAUUAACUGUAGUGUGCCCGCUAUCCCCAUGAUGCAUAACAGAACAGCCGCCAUGAUCGUCCUUUUCUUAGCACCAUUUCUUAACAAAUGGCACUAAGAAAAGGACGGUCAGACAUGUCAUUUUUGGCAUCUUUGAAUUCUACAAGUUACCAUUUCGCUCUGUGUUCCUGUGGUAUUUUCAUUAACCGUAACAUUAAUAAACUGUAGUUUCCAAAUAUGAUGUAAUUUUUCAGAUGUAUGUGUUGUUGUUUCUCUGUGGCAUUUUUUCUCUCUGAGUAUGGUCGUUGGUUUCCUGACGAUUCUACAAAGCUCAUACCACCUAGUGAUGUAUUGUAUCACACAUGCAUACGGGACAGACGCUCAAGCGAGCUUGACACGCAGUAAAAGCUAUCAGGGUCUGUGCGCAAACUCGACACCUUUGAAUUUAAAAUAAUUUUUUCAGUUAGGCGUUUUGCUUUUAGCAUAAUGUGUUGAGUUAGAACAGCGCGUUAUGCAGGGUUUGAUUAUUUGAUAUGAACCGUGCAAUUGAGUUAUAUAUCACACUGCUUGUUGGAUCGACCAAUCAGAAUUGAGAAUUGAAGCUUGCCUGAAGAUCUAUAAAUAAUAUAGGGUCAACUGGGCGACCUUGGAUUUUUGGGGGCUUAACGCAUUAAGACUGACAGGAGUUGGUUGAUGGUUUGAUCGAGCUCAUACACUUUUUGAUAUCUUCGCUAAUACCAGCAAAAUUCCUGGUCAGUUUGGGGUUAGCUAACCAUCACACACAAGGGACUUAGUUGUAGUGCUUGUGAUCCAAGCGCUCAGCUCCCCUAGUGUGACUACUGUGGCGACGUCUAUUGGGGCGGUAUACAUUCCAAUGCCUUCCGAAGAAUACACCUCUCCACUGGCAUGACUCACAAGAAUGGUCCCACGCCACCCCCGCCAGCCACACCGAUCGCCCCAUGCCUUGACCCACUGCUCAGACACGUUCAUCGGGAGCAUCCAGGCAUGAAGUAGACAUUCCACCCUACCGGACUGCCCCCGAUUGUUUUCUGGAACAGCCCCGGUGAAUAUAGUACCGGGCCACACAGGCAAGUAGAACCUACCAGUCGGCUUUGCCGCUGAGGCUUCCGCACUCCGUAUGUCACUGCGGCUAUCAUGUGAGACUCACCGAGAAGAAUGAUUUCUAGGCUACUUCCCCGGCAGUUCACCAGACCCCUUCAGCUGAACAGGAACCACUCCCCCAAUGCCUCGGUUCAUCUGGCGUCUUCUGUCAACUUGAUGCCCGGUUCACCUGUAACCGUAACCAUGCUUGUCUUCUGCCGGGACCAAACACGAGAAGUCAAGCUCGUCAACCUAACCAGAUGUUUCUUCUGUAGACAUGACGGCGGAUGGGUCUCUUGGAAACCCUCUCUUCGAUAGUCAGCCACCUCAAUCCAACGCCUAUGCCUCCGGCAACUCCUGCGGACCCGAUAUCUAGUACCUCGGGAAAACUCAUUCAAGGACAGGGACAAGGUUAAAUUCGACAUUACCCUGACGAAUCUGGACAGAGCCUCCCGUCACGGUCCCCGCUGUCUCUUUCCCAAGUAUCUGGCGUAUACCUGCAAGGAAAAUUCGCCUGUCGCUCCAGAUUUAGCGGCCGUUGCCCUCCGGGCUCUUUACGAGAAUGCCAACACUAUCUUUAAGCAGUUUGCACGGAUCUUCACACUGGCUAUGCCCUCGCGAAGAUGGAACAUGCUCGGCACCGUGAAUAUACCCUGUGACGAAGUCAAGCCAUAACUCCAGCAUCUCCUGCUUUACGGCAAGGUUCUCUUCGCCGGAAAAUUCAUGGAAACUGGAGGCAGAGGCAUAGUGAAUUGACACCACCUACAAGCUGACUCUUUGCGGUCCUUCUCAUCCACCAACUGUGUCAGCACCGAACAGACAACCACUGAACUCAGCCCUCUAGGCAGGCCCCUCGCCACGGAGACCCCAGUUUCUUUCGACACUUCUCGUUCAUUUAGCUAUCCGGUCAUAGACGUCCCUCCUCUUCUCAACCUGCAGUCAUCCCAGAAGAGCCUUAAGAUAUGAGCCAUCUGCCCUAUCCCCAUGUCACUUCGGAAUGAGGGCUUCAUCUGUAAUUUUUACCUCAUCCCAAAGAAGGAACCCAGCAAGUGGAGACCCAUAAUAAACCUCAAAUCUCUGAACAAAUUCAUCGAUCUGAGGAAAUUCCGCAUGAGACACUUUGGACGGUAACUUAGUCUCUCGCCAUUCCUUCUUUAUUAAAUAGGCAUCAUUGACUGAAAGAGACCUAUCUCCACAGUCCUCGCCUCCUCGGGCUGAUGGCCAGCAUGGUGGACCUAGCUCCCCUUUUUCAACUAUACAGGCGGACCGUUACAACUCCAUUUCCUGGCGUUCCUUAGGCCCAAACGGGACGCGAUCAGACUUCCUGUUCCCAUACAGACUUCAUUGUCCCUCGCCUACAGUAGUGGAUUUGGAGCUUCCCUUCCCUGUCCAGGCAUCAGGAACCUGGGAACCCUGACUUCCUUUGAAGUCUUCAAUGUGCUGGAACUUCAAGUGGCAUUGUGUCCUAUUACGCAAGCUCAACCGGAAAUAAAUUAUUUGCUAUUGCAUCUGCCGUCCCUAGCUGCAACAAAAACAUGACAAAUGCACAUGGUAUAGGGAGCACGGUUCUUCGGCGAGUAGCCUGCGGGAAGCCUGGUACCGAUGUUAUUUUAUAACGGAGACCAAUGGUACACAUGUAUUUAUAUAUUCAAGUACAAAAUACUACCUUCACGAAGCUGUUCUCAAUUGUCUUGUCUUAUCCAUGCGGCUAGCAAUAAGAGGCCAAACGCAUAGCAACCAAAUGCACCUGCGACCACUCACACCCAGGAAAAAAAGCAAGCCCGUCCGCGUGGGCUGUCGUGAAAAUUGUCAAUGGCCUUAUCACUGCCUCCUUUACUACCUUUCCAACUCUACUCAUGUUUAGCAUUCCAGUCUUCCUCAUCUGCAUAUGAAAACAUACUCUUUGCAGAGUACUACCUGCAAUACAAUAGGAAAAUACAAUUCAAUACACUGCAACACGUUUACUUGAGCGUCAAGGGCAAAUGUGUCCUGAUCCACUUGGACAACUCCUCUGACAAUAACAGCCUGUAUCAACUGUCAGGGAGGCACUCAUUCUCGUCUGUGUGUUUUGACCGGACAUGUUUCUGUGGGGGAAAGACCAAGGAAUCGACCUGCGAGCGACCCACAUCCUGGGAGUCGACUACUCAAUCGCCAAUGCCCUGUCAGUUAAAAUACACCCCUAGUGAACACUGCACCUCGGCGUGACAAAGCAGAUCUUCGCCCAAGUCUAAAAGCCGAACAUCGACCUCUUUGCCUAAGUGGAGGACACUCAACUAAUGGUGUUCUGCCGCAGAUUUCACCACCCGCGUGCCUAGUUGACAAACGCUUCCAGAUCAGCUGGGACCAGAUGCUUUUCCACUGAUAUCACCAAUCCCGACAGUGCUCUUCAAAAUCGAGCGGCAGCAUGUCUGUGUACUUCUCAUCGCCCCUUCUGGCCCUGCCAGUCUUGGUUCCCUCGCCUGACCAGACUGUUGGUCCAGACAUCACUUGUUCUGCCCUCCAGCCAAGACCUCCGUCACCAGCCGAAGUCCGAUAUACUUUACUCUCAUUUGGCGUCCCUGCACCUGACUUGCUGCCCAUGUCAAACGAUCAUACCGAUCAGCAGACCUUUCUAAAAAAGCUGCCGACAUGGCUGCAAGAGGCCGAAGUCAAUUAACAUGCAGCGUCUACAGCAGCAGAUUACGACAUUUUGAGUCAUGGUGCUCAGAAGGAGGUCCCUCUCUGAUCGAAGUGCUUGGGACUGCAGUUGCCUAUUUCGUCAUGUACCAGUUAAAAUCAGGCCUACAAGUAGUGACCAUCCACAACUACUGGUCCGCCAUUGCAGCCAUUCCUGGUGGCUGAAUUCUACCAGACAAUGAUGCACUUAAAUAUCUGCUCUAAGGGAUGUUUAUAGAACAUCCCCCUACCAAACAACUAGUUCUUUCCUUGGACUUAUCAGCCGCCCUCCAGCUCCUCGACAGUCCUCCCUUGCAGCCCCCAGCAAGGUGUCUUUACUACACAUUGAAGCUGACGUUCCUACUAGCAGUCGGCACUUCAAGGCCGGGGCAGCGAAUUGAAAUCUCUAUCCCCCACCGAUGACCACAUCAGAUGGGAACCGUAUGGUGUACUCCUCAUUCAAGCCUUCGGUUUCCUCACCAAAAACCUGUCAGUUUCCUGCCACCCUCCUUAAAUAUUUGUUCCGGACAUAGCGUGCCGAAACUUCAGAUGAGAAAGAGUGGUGCCCAGUGAGAACUCUCAAAUGGUACUUACCAUAUCCAGAAAAUGGAGAAGUAUAACAUCACAGCUACUUAUUAUGACGAUAAAGCCACACCAGGCUGCUACCCGAAACACUGUAGCCAGAUGGGCGGUUCGGCCAUCAAGUUUGCCAAUCAAACUCAACGCUUCAUCAGGGCCCAUAAAUCAAGCAGUAACCACUUCCUGGGCCUACUUCUGGGGCAUCUUCAUGGAGGAGAUAUGCAAGGCAGCAUGUUGGAAGACCCCAUCGACGUUUACUUCAUGCCACCUCACUUAUGCCUUGCAGAAAGACUGCUCACACGGCAAAGCUGUCUGGACAUUAGCUACAUCGAAGCCAGUGGGCUCCUCAUCUGGACGGGCUGACAGAGGAACUACUGAACAGCUCCUUUGUCUGGUGAGUCUGUGUUAUAGCUUCCUGCCUCUUAUAUUUAUAUAUCCACAUCUGACCACACUUUUUUCUUUAGUGCGUCCUUGCCUAACCCUCCUUGGAUCGGUGCUACUCUGCAUAUUUAGCGACUGUUUGGGGUAGGAUGAAAGCAGAAGACCCCUCCCCACAGACAUGUGGGAAGGAUUCUGCUAUUGAAUACCUACCCCAAACAUUUGGCUCCUUCCCAUCCCCCACUUGAGCUCAGACAGGUCCAUACCGUUUAAGGACGAUCAUGGCGGCCGUUCCGCUACGCAUUAUGGGUGUAGAGGGUGUACUACUGUUAAUCAACUUUGUAGCGAAUAGAAGUAGGUGCACAGAAAUUUGCUAAUUAAGCGACUGUUUGGGGUAGGUAUUAAAUAGCAGAUCCCCUCACACGUCUGUGGAAGAGGAAUGUGGCAGGUGUCUUGGUUUUGUACUUGAAUAUAAAUUCUGCAUCCAAGUUGGAUCAGAUUUUCAAGACAUGCCUCAAUCCAAGCAGAGAGGAAAGAACUUUGAACUUCCCUGGCAAAAAUAGCCAAUUAGACUGUCUUUUGGCAGACCCGAUAUAUGUCUAUAGCAAAACGCAGCAACUCUACCCAACAAUUACAAUACUGGGUAACUGUAGUUAGCUUUUGAGCAGUAUGAUCCCUGCUGCUUUAUACAUUGGUAACCAAUAAUCAGAGUUGUAAGUGUUAUGACUUGAGUCAUCGCAACAUAUUGACUCAAGUUGAGUCGUAUUAUAGAUGUAGUGACGAGUCAGGUUGAGUCCUUAGACAAAAUUGUUUAGUCAAGUAUUUAACUACAGUCAAUUCGAAUCAAAAACGCGUGAAAACAAAAUUAUAAUUAAAAGCAAGACAAAAAGUCAACUUUUGGCAUUUUAAAAUUUACCUCCGGUUACUUUAUGUGGGCUCGCCAGACUUUACUCUUGAUGAUAGUAACACAAGACAUGAACUUUAACUGACAUUGUAAAUCAUCGCAAUUUUUUGCUUUUAUGUUUGGACUUCAGUCUUAACUCUCGAGUCAGGUUUUCUAAUGAGGGACUCAAGUUUGUCAUUUCUUGUAGUGACUCAAGUUGAAUUAUUUAUCCUUUAGCACUCAAUGUGAGUCACUAAAAAUUGUGACUCGUGCCAUAACAACCACGCCGAUAACUUCUCUGGUUAAUGCAUGAUACAGAGUAUGUUUUACUUAAAUUAGCUACUUGCAUUAUACAAGUUCCAUCAACGUAAAAUGUACGUGUAUGUGCAGGUAUCUUCAGAUCUUGCAUGAUUAGUUCAUGCCUGUAGUUGCUGGCAAUUUGAACUUUACCCUACCUUUUAUUUAUUGGAGGGAGUUUUGGCUUAUAUCACUUUUUAAUCAUUGCCAGUAUUCACCUUCUUUGUCAUGACCUUUAUGAAAUAUGAUUUUUAAAGGGUUUAAAUAAGAAUUAGUGCAUAUUCAACUCGAAAAAGCUUUCCAGUGGUGAUUGUCACGUACUCUUCCCCACCUACAGAUGAAAUCUAAAAAAAAAUUGAUUAGAUUUUUUGCCAGCAAGGACCAAAAUGGGAUUUCUCAAGCAGCAAGGACCAGUACAAAUUCAUUAUUUAAAUUCAAAUCACUGAAGUCGCUCCAAGUAUUGCAAAAAGCAUAUUCUACCAGGAAAUCUGCCAUGUUGCUAGAACUUCUGAAGUCUUCACUGUACACUUGCCAUUGUGCAUGCAUAAUACAGCAUUUGUAGAACGGAUGGUUUUUAGCCUGUUGUAGCGAUCAUCAAGCGCUUUGAAUGUCAUAUUGUAACCCCUGUGUAUUCCUUACUCCUAUGGUUCAAAUAGUGUCAUGUAUUGUUUGGUGCCAGAUCUCAACAAAUGUCUGAUGUGUGUAUGCAGAUGUUUCAGUGAAAAUUUCAGUUGGCCCUGUUGCUUAAAUAAAUUUAGAAGCGUUGCUUAAACUACAUUUAGAAGCAUUCAUAAAUGAUAUACCUAUACAUGUAAAAUGGAUGAUUUGAACGGCUCUUGAACUCACAAAAUGACACCGGGAGAAGUAAAAAGAUUGAGAUAGCAGGUCAUCGUGACUGUAGAUAUUAUCAUGUUAAGGGGACAGAUUUUUACGUAUUAAAAAUUACUUCUCUACAAGAAAUAAAUGAAUUGUAACUUUCGUUGUAACGCUGCCUCAGAAAUUAUCUAACGCUACUUUAUAUUCUCUUAGCAGUCAUUUGUGUCAUUGUACUUUUCUUGAAGUAAUGAGUCCAUAGCUGUGUUUAUGUAAUACAUGUUCAGAAAGAAACUGUUGAAACAACAGAACUUGCUCUUAAUGGGCGUAGAAUAGUUUCCUUAUCACUGAGUGGAUGGUGAGGAAAACACUGCUUUUAGCGGCGUUGCCAUAGUCUUGUUUCAGUAGGUGGUUUUUUUAGUAUUAAUAUCAUUUUUUCACCCAACUCUGAAGAUUAUAAUCAGUGUAGCUUUAUUAAAACAUUUCAUUUUCCAGCAGUAGAUCAUGUUUGAUUAAAAAAUCCAAUUUAAGGAAUAUGGCGUGUACUUCACAGGAGAGUCUAGGUGUAGGCACCCACCCCCUGUGGCUUUCAAAUGAGCCUGUUCAGUAACAUAUGCAUCUCAAUACUUGAACUCCAAAAUACCUCAGUCCAUUUGGAUGGAACAUCAAGUAGAACCAACUUUUGCAGAAUUAAGUAGGUAAUGUGUGGGUUAAGACACGCGUAGACAAUUUUCCGUCGCAAAGAUUGGCCUACCACGAAACAUCACUUCCGCCUUUGUUCUCCCUACUCGCGUAUAAAGUGAUGAGAGUUCUUCGGGGACAUUAUCAUUGUAAAAUGUAAAUAUCAUGAUCUUUAGCUUGGAUUUCUGUUGAAUUACUAUAUAGUCUAGUGAACGUUUUCAUUAAGUGAUUUGAACAAAGUGCCCUUGAAACAGACCAGUUGUUUUUCUGCAAGUAUAACCAGGUUUGAAGUGAAUGCAAACUGACGAUUGUGUAUUUUGAAAUAGAUGCGUGGAUCUGUUAGAUUGGCUGUGCAUCAAUGGUUAAUCACUUUUAUGUGGAUUUUUUCUUGUGAAAUGACAGUACAGAGGAAUAUAUAUUUAUAGAGAGCUAUAUAUUUGAAAAUGAUUGAAUCAAGUUGAUGGAUUGUAUGGUAAUUACAUUUUUGUAUAUGAAUUUAACAAGGUGUUUUUUGUUCUGGCGUUUGUUUUCAAAGUGUUUUGUGCAUUUAUUUCUUUACCUGCUGCAGACGUUCAAUUUCGUUAGGAUUACUCUAAUUUCAAAAUGAUGCUACUUUGUCGGUUAAUUACAAAGUAAAUGCCCAAGUUUCGAUUUUUGCUUAACUUCAAAUGUCCUUAUGUUUUCGUGUACGACUUAAUUUUGUUUGGAACCAGUCUGUGUGAGGUGGGCAUAAUUAUUUCCAUGAUGUCACACUUAUGAACCAGAGGUGAAAAACGAGUAUCUGUAUUCGGCAACUAAUUAAUUGCAGUGCAUUUAUCCUUGAUGUAGUAUGUAUUUCGUUAUCCUAUGUGAAAUAAAAUUUCACUUGUUCUAAACAUGCCUUGCAUGCGUAUCUAGCAAGUGCUGAUGUUUCGAUACAAGUUUUCAAUCA